UCCAUUUCCUUUACUCUUUCUCACUCUCUCUCCGCAUACACUCUCUCUCUCUACUACCCUCCUCAACUCUCUGUCUCUACCCAAUGCAAUAUCUACUCAUAUAAUGGCUAAACUUUAAGCCAUUUUUUUACGUGGAAUUUUGUGUAGAGUUCUCUAUUUCUUGCCUGGAUUUCAUCUAGGGUUUCUCGUUCCAGUUGUUCUUUUGAUAUUUGGCGUGUAGGGUCUCUGUUGAUUCAAAGACAGUAAAGCUGGACAGGAGGAGAGGGAUUGUAAGGCCUUUCAAUUCUAGGGCUUGGCUUCGGACUAAGCAGAUGCCGGUUAAUGUCAUAAAUGAUUCCAAUGGUUUGCCGAAGGUGAUUUUGACAGAGCCUGGAGGAUCAUCAGCAGAGGUGCUCUUGUAUGGUGGCCAAGUUGUAUCUUGGAAGAAUGAUCGUCGAGAGGAAUUGCUUUUCAUGAGCACCAAGGCCAUCUUGAGGCCUCCUAAAGCCAUCAGAGGUGGAAUACCAAUAUGUUUUCCUCAGUUUGGGAAUUUUGGUUCCUUGGAACAACAUGGAUUUGCUAGGAAUAGGUUAUGGGCUAUAGACACAUCCCCAUCACCAUUGUCACCAACAAACAGCAUGACAACACUGGAUCUAAUCUUGAAAUCUACAGAAGAGGAUUCGAAGACUUGGCCACACUGUUUUGAGUUAAGACUUCGUGUUUCACUAGGUCCAGGGAAGUUAACUCUCAUUCCCCGAGUAAGGAACACCGACUCGAAGCCCUUCUCGUUCACUUUUGCACUGCAUAACUAUUUGUCGGUCUCUGAUAUCAGUGAGGUGCGUGUGGAGGGUUUGGAAACCCUCGACUACUUUGAUAAUCUCCAGCAAAAAGAGAGGUUUACAGAACAGGCUGAUGCGAUUACUUUUGAUGGCGAGGUAGACAGGGUCUAUUUAAGCACUCCAACUAAGAUUGCGAUCAUAGAUCAUGAAAAGAAAAGGACCUUUGAAUUGAGAAAAGAAGGCUUGCCAGAUGCAGUUGUAUGGAAUUCAUGGGACAAGAAGGCAAAGGCUCUGCCAGAUUUUGGAGAUGAAGAUUAUAAGUACAUGUUAUGUGCGGACUCAGCUGCCAUUGAAAAUCCAAUUGUGCUGAAACCUUGUGAGGAAUGGAGGGGCCGACAAGAACUCUCAACGGUUUCCUCCAGCUAUUUCAGUGGCCAAUUGGACCCUUUUAAAGUCCUCCAUGGCUGAUGGAUCCUGGUGAUAAAGCUUUCUGUAAUUUAUAUUCCCUAUUCUUAAUGGGGUAAAUAUGCAGUCCCUCUCCACUUUAUAGCUAUGAUUUGUGGUUCUUGAUUGAUUUUUGUUAUCAAGGAACCUUAUAAAAUCCACGAUCUCAAUAAUACAAAUAACCUCUGCUCUGUACCUAAAUUAUUUGAGACAGAAGAAUUUCCAAUGCAUAUGUAUAUAUAUGCUACAGGGGUAUAUAAUAGAGCUUGAUGGUUUGUUUUUCUAGUGGA